AUGUUCUCAAUAUUAUUUAUUCUCGCUAUUACUGUUAUAAUCCUGAUCUCAUACAUGGCCUGGAAGUGCACCUAUUGGCAGAGACAUGGUGUUAAAGGACCUCUGGGUGUGCCUAUAGUUGGCAAUAUGUUGAAAUAUGUAAUGUCUCGCCAGCACUAUGGUGAUGUGUAUCAAAAUAUUUACAAUGAAUACCAUGAUUUACCCUACAUUGGCAUUUAUCGUCUGUUCAAUGAACCUUGCAUACUGUUGCGUAGCUCUGAAAUGCUCAAAGAGGUGAUGAUACGUAGUUUUCAACAUUUUCAGGAUAAUGUUUUGUGGGUUGAUCCCAAACGUGAUGUUGUGGCAAUGUGUAAUCCUUUUAUAGCCAAAGGGGAGAAAUGGCGUAAAAUGCGAAAUGAAAUUGUACCCAUAUUCACGCCCAAUAAAGUUAAAUUUUCAUUUCCCCAUAUUGAGAAUGUCUGCAAGAAGUUGAAUGCAUAUGUUGUGGAUAAUAUCAAUACGAAUUGCUUUGAAGCGAAAGAUUUAUUUUCCAAAUACACAUUGGAUGUGGUGGCCUCUGCUGCUUACGGCUUAGAUGCACAAUCUUUUACCAAUAAAAAUUCUGAUUUUACCCAACUAGUAGAGAAGUUAUUUUUACCCAAUCCAUUAAGUCUUUUGGAAACAACAGCUCUACUCUUUUCACCAACAUUGGGUAAACUCAUGAAAUAUACCUACAUACCAGAUGGUGUAGCAAUGUGGUUAAAAACUAUUAUAACAAACAUAUUAAAAUUACGCUUAAACAAUGAUAAUGGAAACUCUAAAGACCACAUGGACUUUAUACAGUGGUUAAUCGAAAACAAGCAAAAACUUAAUGAACCCAUAGACCCGGCUACCAUUGUGGGACAUUGUAGUACAUUUCUAUUAGAAGGUUUUGAAACUUCAUCAUCUUUAAUGGCCUUUGCAAUGUACGAGUAUGCUACAAAUCCUUUGGAGCAACAAAAAGUUUUAUGGGAAAUUGAUGAAGUUUUAAAGCGUUAUAAUGGCCAACUAAGUUACGAUGCUUUGCAGGAGAUGACAUAUUUUGAUGCUUCCCUAUAUGAAACAUUACGUCUGCAUCCACCCAUGAUGGCCUUAUUAAAACACUGCACCAAAUCAUUUAAAUUGCCAGCACAAACUGUAAAUGGCUCUAGUUUUAAAGUACCAGAAGGCAUGGUAUUUAUAGUGCCGGUAAAAGCAGUACACUAUGAUCCUGUUUUAUAUCCCGAUCCUUUGGCCUUUAAACCAGAACGUUUUUUAGUGGAUAAAGAAAAUCGUCCAAGUUGCUCAUUUUUGGGUUUUGGCGAAGGUCCUCGCAUGUGUCCUGGUGGUCGUUUUGCUUUGGCCCAAACCAAAGCAGGCUUAGUUUCAUUGCUGUCCCAGUUUUCCGUACAUUUGCCUGACAAUGCACAGCACAAACCAUUAGUAAUGUCAACAACUACAUUUCUAACAGCUGCUAAGAAUGGCAUUUGGAUUAAGUUUAAGCCAAGAACAUAAAAUGGUAUUAAAUUCUUUAAUAUAAAUCCCUAAGUAAAAUAAAGAGAAUAUGUUAAU